AAUAUUUGCACUCAUUUCUCCUUUUGUUUUUCCUUUAUCAAAAUGGCCUCCUUCAAAGAGAUCAUAUCAACACUCCCAAGAAGAAAAAGCUGGUAUGGCGAUGAUACUUUUUUGUAUCAAGGCUUUUGGUGUGACACAUUUUUUAUUGAAGGAUUAAUGAGAGCUCAACAAAGUUUUCGAUCUCAACCUUCUGAUAUCGUCAUAUGCAGUGCUAUGAAAACCGGAACAACAUGGUUAAAGUCCCUCACUUUUGCCAUUGUAACAAGAUCCACCUUCGAUGAUUCCACUAACCCUUUAUUUAACAAUCUAUCACAUGAUUGUGUACCCCUUUUAGAGGUUGAUUUAGCCCAAUCUUCCACCAAUCGAGACCCUAAAAAUCCUUUGUUAGCCACACAUACCCCUUACUCUUCUUUACCAAGAUCAAUAAUUGAUUCUAGUUGUAAAAUUGUUUACAUUUGUAGGGACCCUAAGGAUUCAUUAGUUUCGCUUUAUCACUUCUUUGCUAGGUACUUGGCAUCUAAAGACAUGAAACCUCCCGCUUUAGAAGAGGCCUUUGAGCUUUUUUGCCAAGGUGUAAGCUCUUACGGACCUUAUUGGGACCAUGUUCUAGGGUUUUGGAAAGCAAGUUUGGACCGACCUGAUAAGAUUCUUUUCUUGAAAUACGAAGAAAUGAUAGAAGAUACUAUUUUAUACGUUAAGAAAAUAGCUGAUUUCAUCGGUUAUCCUUUCUCUUUUGAAGAACUUGAAAAAGGAUCAGUCGAAAAAAUCGUAGACAUGUGUAGUUUCGAGAAUUUAAGCAAUUUGGAAGUGAAUAAAAGAGGAAAACACCGUGAGGGAACUCCAGCGGUGAUUGAAAACAAGAUGUAUUUCCGAAAAGGUAAGGUUGGGGAUUGGGAGAAUUAUUUGACACCUGAAAUGGCUGCUCGGUUGGACUCGAUAACGUUGCAGAAGCUAAAUGGUUCUGGCUUAACUCUAUGAUUGAAUAAUAAAGCAGCCAUGGGGUACAUUUUGCCUUCUCUGCAAUUUCGACAUAUUAUGUUUCUAAAAAUAAAUUGUGUAUGCUUUUUGCAAGUAGCAACACUUCUCGUGUUGUUCAUGUUAAGAUCAAUUAAAAGUAUAGUUGGUUCAAUCAAUAAAAUUUGAUAUAAGCUGAUUUGAUUUUGUUA